GGAGAGCACUGGGGACAGAAACCCAGCUGUUGUUUAUCCUCACUGGGAAGAAGCAGGAUAAGAAUUGGUUGACUUCUGAGGGAGAUAAACUUCCCAGGACGAGCUCUGAAGGGAAGACGAGUUAUAGGUGAUAAAAAAAUGAGCAUGAUGAUGCCCUGGUUGCUGCUGCUCCUUUUCCUGGUCAGCUUCAGUUCACCUGCACCCAGGCUGCCGGAAAAAGAUAUCUGCCUCCUAGACAACAGUAAAUUAAGACAAAGGUUAAAAGAGCUUCAAGACUUGCUUUACUUGUAUGACCUGCAACUGAAGGACAUCCUGGAAAACACUUACCAUAGAACAAAAAGUGGGCUGUUCUCAGGCAACAGGACUGUGCAGCAUGGGAUGCUUUUACCCACAACCAGUGGAAAUUUGAUAGUCUAUGAUGAAGAUUGCUCUGCAGUAUAUAAUGGGAAGAAGACCAAAAGUGGCUACUACAGGAUCAGGCCCAGAGCAGACCAAGAGCCUUUCCUGGCAUACUGUGACAUGUCUGAUGGUGGGGGCUGGACUGUCAUCCAGAGGAGAAGUAAUGGCAGGGAGAACUUCAAUAGGAAAUGGGAUGAUUACAAACUGGGAUUUGGGAAAUUCCAGGGCAAGAAUGAUGAAUACUGGCUUGGCAAUGACCACAUUUAUGACCUGCUUGCUAGAGGAGAGAGCUCAUUAAAGAUUGACCUGAUGGACUGGCAUGGUGAAAGACGUUAUGCAGUCUAUGAAAAUUUUCAGCUUGCAAAUGAGGAGGACAAUUACAGGCUGUGGUUUGGCACUUACUCUGGCAACGCUGGCGACGCUCUGUCUGGCGGGAGCAAUUUUGAAGAUCAGUGGUCAGCUUCACACAGAGGGAUGGAGUUCACCACAUCUGACAAGGAUCAUGAUCGGUUCCUGGCAGGCAACUGUGCAUUAGAGAACGAGGGUGGCUGGUGGUUUAACAGGUGCCAUGCUGUAAACCUCAAUGGAAGAUACUACAGAACAGGAAGAUACAGUGGAUCCCACGACAAUGGUCUGGUGUGGUCUACAUGGCAUGGGACGUGGUACUCCCUAAAAUACUCAGUCAUGAAAAUCAGGACUCCAUUUUUUGUUGACAGUGAAAGUGGAGAUGGUGAGAACACUCAGGGCAGCUGAAACCUGAUGCUUUGGGAAGAAAAAAGUACCAGCUGAAAAAAAAA